AUGCAAAUGACAGAGAGAGGUCGAGCCAUGUGGCGCACAUGCCUAGCCUCAGCGUUCCGUACAGCUCUAGCAUGCACGAUCGUUGGCUCCGCUACACUCUACGGCCCCGAGUGGAUUCUCCGCCACGUCGCUCUCCCGGCCUUUUCUUACGUCACGGUCAUUCUCAUAAUCACUGAUGCCACACUCGGCGACACGCUGCGUGGUUGUUGGCUAGCCCUAUACGCAACGUGUCAGAGCGUGGGACCUGCGAUCCUCACCUUACGGCUCAUAGGACCAGCUCGUCUUUCGGCCGCAACCACUGCUCUUGCCGCGGCUCUAGCAGCGUUCGUGGUGGUGCUACCUAACAGUUCGACCCACUUGGUAGCUAAGCGGAUCGCGCUUGGCCAGAUCGUUCUUAUUUACGUUAUUGCGUACAUAAAAGGAGCAGAGACUGAGCCACUCAUGCACCCUCUUCAAGUUGCAGCCAGCACCGCGCUUGGUGUUAUAGCUUGCGUUCUAGCACUACUCAUUCCACUCCCUCGCUUUGCUACUUGCGAGGUGAAACAAAGCAUUAAAGAGAUUGGUCAAAAUGUAACGACGAGAGUGAAGUUAUACUUGAAAGCGUUUUGCGCCGAGGAUGCCACGUCAGCAACGGCCUCAGUCUCACAGGCUCGAGAGUUGGCUCGUUCUUCCUCCAAGCUUUAUCAAACCAUCAAGCGCUACCAACCAAGCAUGGAAUGGGAGAGGCUUCCGUUUAAUCUAUGGAGAUGGCAAAAUGUGAACGAUAACAAGAAAGGAGAGAAACUACAAAGCAUGGAGAUUGCUCUUAGAGGAAUGGAAAUGGUCUUAGCAAGCAAAUCUCCUAUUCCCGCGAGCUUACUUGCUGGAGAAGUAAAAGAUGGUCUCAAGAACCUUCAAGAACGUGUGAUUCUCUCGAUUAGACGAGUUAACAACAGUCCGCAACCAUCGGUAACUCCAGAAACCGAUCCAGAAAAACUCGAUGAGUGCCUCCAAACACUUCAGGAAAUCCCGGGAACACCUGAAGAUUUGCCCUUUUACUUCUUCUUGUUCUGCCUCAAGCUUCUCGAAACCAUCUCAAUGGCUAAACCUGAGGAAAACAAAGUCAAAGAACCAGCCAACUUCAAAAGUAGGUCCUGGAUAAGUGAUUGGGACAGCAAGAAGGUUAUGCCGGCACUAAAGCUAUCCCUUUCAUUAGGUUUAGCGAUUUUUCUAGGGUCGAUGUAUAGUAAGCCAAACGGUUAUUGGGCUGGUUUACCCGUAGCAAUCAGCUUCGCGGCCGCGAGAGAGGCGACGUUUAAAGUGGCGAAUGUGAAGGCACAAGGGACAGUGAUAGGGACAGUGUACGGAGUGAUGGGUUGUUUUGUGUUUCAGAGGUUUUUGCCGAUUAGGUUUCUUUCUUUGCUUCCAUGGUUUAUCUUUUCUAGCUUAUUGAGCAAGAGCCGGAUGUAUGGACAAGCCGGAGGGAUAUCAGCGGCCAUAGGGGCUGUCUUGAUUCUUGGAAGGAAGGAUUUCGGGCAGCCAAGCGAAUUUGCGAUUGAUAGAAUAAUCGAGACUUUCAUCGGGCUGUCUUGCUCGAUCCUGGUGGAGCUUAUCUUUCAGCCAACGAGAGCAGCUAACGUAGCGAAAGUUGAGCUCUCUAGAAGCUUUCAUGCUUUGUACGAGUGUGCAAGCGUGUUUGGAGCUAAAGCGAGUAAAGCGGAAAUAAUGGAGAGUCAAAAGAAGCUGAGAAGCCAUUUGAAUGAGCUCAAGAAGUUCACGGAAGAAGCACAUGCAGAGCCAAGUUUCUGGUUUUCGCCUUUCAACGUUUCUUGCUACGAAAAGCUGUACAAGUCAUUGUCUAAAAUGGCUGAUCUAUUGCAAUUCAGUGGUCACGCGAUAGGGUUUCUUGCAGAACAAGGAAAAGCAAAAUCACCACAAUGCAAGGAGAUUCUAAGCAACGUAGACAAAGAUCUCAAGACUCUAACAGAGAGCAUAGGUCUUCUAGUGAAAUCAUUCGAGGAAAUCACUCUUCUCAAAUCACUCGAUGCCCUCGAAAAGGCCCUCACCAAGAACGACAACAUCUCAUGGGACAUUGAGCUGGGGAAGACACCAAACCCUAGUUUCUCAGGCCCUGCGACUGAGCCAGAGAAGAUAUUAGAGACUUAUCUUCAGCAUUGCAGAGGAGUCGCGGAUGGAAUAUUCCGUGUGGAAGAAGGAGGAGAAGAGGUUAAAGUGGACAAGAGUGAGGUUGUGUUGAGUUUGAGUGCAUUAGGGUUUUGUGUGGAGAGAAUGGGGAAAGAGACAAGAGAGAUUGAGGAGAUGGUUAAAGAGGUUGUGCAAUCGGAAAAUCCUUCAAGCCACGUUAACUUGCAUGAGAUCUCUUGCAAAAUACGUUCUCUGUACAAAUAA